AGCUCUGAUAAAUUAGUUAUCAGAGUAUUGCAUGCUUAUUAGCAGUUGGGAUGCCAAAAAAAAAAAAACAUUUACUGAGCCCUUCAAUAAUUAGUCUGAACUACUUUUGCCAACGUAAAUAAACUGUGAUUUACGGACAUAUAGCUUAGCCCACAAAGCAGUUCAAAUUUUCAUUUGUUUUCUCUUUGAAUGCUGUCAAAAGAAUUGUUUUAGAACAUAUGUUAUUUUAACACAAUGUUUGUGUGAUGUAUAUUUAUAACUUCUAGGAAGUUAUACUCUAUCACAGAGAACAGAACAAAACUGGAUGUCUAGUACUUUAGUAUGCAUUAAUAUCUAAUUAUCUACUAAUACUUAUUGCCAGUGGUUUUGACUUUUGAGACGGCUGCAAAUUAAGCUAGCAAAAUUUAGUUAAUAUUAAACGAUAUUUGAACUAAUUGUGCUUUCUGAGAUCUGUGUGUUGCUAUUUUCAACUCUCUUGUAUAUAAUUGGCUUACUAUUGAGUGGAGAUCGGGACAAGUCAACGCAAAUGGGUGCUAUCUGUUGGCCAAAAUGUCCAUUCUAGGAGCAGGUCUAUUUAUGGCGUUAAUGAUGAUAGACACUUUGUUGUAAUAUAUCAACUAGGCAAUUAUUUAGUAAGAUGAAUAAAACAUUAACUCAUUGGUUACUAUUGACAACAAUAGAUAUCCAAUCCAAUUGAAGUGGUAGGGUUGGCAGCGAAUGUCUGUGUAAAACAAUGUUCAACAGAAGGGAAAAGAAUUAUUUGAAAGUGAAUUGAAUGUCCAAAAUUUAACAGUGGGAAAAAAACACACAAAAAAAACCCCUCAAAAUAAAUCAUGCAUUGGGGAAAAACAGGGAGCGAAACUAAGCCUUUUUGUUUGUACAGAUGACAGAAAGCACUUAAACGUAAGAACACCACCUCUGGUUGAACAUAGAGAGGGAGGGAUGGGGGUGUGAGCGAGCAAGCCAAAGAGAAGAGAGGGAGUGCUUCUCUCUUCCCCUAGCAACGGUCGGCUUUGGUCGUUUCCAGCCUGUUGUUUUCGUUCACUGUCUCCGGGCUACACAUACAUGCGCGCUCACUCGUUCACUCCAGUAGAUCGCUCCCUCAUCUGCCUGUUGGACCCCAGGGUGUCUCUUGACAUUUCAUCCAAAUUCCUCUUUGAGCUCUUUGCUCCGAGAUGAAAGCUUUAUCGCAAGGAUAAGAUCAAGAAGAGAGGCACGGCGCACCUCCGCAACUUAAAACUGGGCGGACGAACAAGGAGGCUAUCAGUUUAACGGAUUUGGGUGGAGGGAGAGCGAAGGAAGGUAGAGAAAAGGAGGAUGGAGCCCCUCAGCGCCCGUGGCCUGCCUCGACUCUCCUGGAUUGACACCCUGUAUAGCAACUUUAACUACAACACAGAUGGUUAUGAGGGGGACGGGACAGAGGAUGGCAAGUCUCAGGAUGGCUCGGAGACGCUGCCCUAUAUAGAUGAAUCCCCCACCAUGUCUCCCCAGCUGUGCACGCCCCAAGGACCAGACGGUGUAAUGAUCUCCCCCACACCACCAGAGGGCCUCCCGCCUGGGGGAGACAUUGAAAAAGGACUUGAGAUGAAGAAGCUGGUGCUUUCCGGUUUUUUGGCCAGUGAGGAGAUCUACAUUAACCAACUGGAGGCCCUGCUAUUGCCAAUGCGCCCCCUGAAAGCCACAGCCACCACCUCGCAGCCCGUCCUUACCAUCCAGCAGGUUGAGACCAUCUUCUACAAAAUCCAGGACAUCUUUGAGAUCCACAAGGAAUUCUACGAUGCCCUCUUGCCCAACAUCCGACAAUGGGAUGAGAAGGUCACCGUGGGCCAUCUGUUCCAAAAACUGGCCAGCCAGCUGGGAGUGUACAAGGCCUUUGUGGACAACUAUAAGGUUGCAUUGGAGACAGCAGAAAAAUGCAGCCAAGCCAACAGCCAGUUCCAAAAGAUAUCAGAGAACCUCAAAGUAAAAAGUCCUAAAGACUCAAAAGAUUGUACCUCAACGGUCACAAUGGAAGCCCUUCUUUAUAAACCCAUUGACCGUGUGACAAGGAGCACCCUUGUUCUUCAUGACUUGCUUAAACACACGCCAAAGGACCAUCCAGACUUCCCUCUCCUGCAGGAUGCUCUGCGGAUAUCUCAGAAUUUCCUCUCCUCUAUCAACGAGGAGAUUGACCCUCGAAGGACAGCUGUCACAACACCUAAAGGAGAGGCUCGUCAACUAGUGAAGGAUGGUUUCCUGGUGGAGGUGUCAGAAAGUUCCAGGAAGCUACGACAUGUUUUCCUCUUUACCGACCUGCUGCUCUGUGCCAAAAUGAAGAAGACCUCCGCAGGUCGUCACCAGCAGUAUGAGUGCAAGUGGUACAUCCCUCUUGCAGACUUGACUUUCCAGACACUGGAUGAGUCUGAUUCUUGCCAUAGUAUUCAAGUUCUACCGGAACACGAGAUUGAAGAAAUGAAAAUCAAGAUAUCGCUUUUAAAGAGUGAGAUACAGAAAGAAAAGAAAGCACCAAAAGGUCAGAACCGCGUCGAGCGACUGAGGAAGAAGAUGAACGAACAAGAAUCUUGGCUGUUGCUUCACUCCCCCACAAUUCCUUUCCGCCUUCACAACAAACAUGGCAAGAGUUACCUAUUCCUCCUCUCCUCUGAUUAUGAGAGGUCAGAAUGGCGGGAAAGCAUCCAGAAGCUCCAGAAGAAAGACCUUCAAGCGUGUGUACUAAGCUCGGUAGAGUUGCAGGUCCUCACAAGCUCUUGUUUCAAACUCCGAACUGUCCACAGCAUUCCUGUCACGAGUAAUAAAGAUGAUGAAGAGACUCCAGGCUUGUACGGCUUUCUUCAUGUGAUUGUCCACUCUGCCAAAGGAUUCAAGCAGUCAGCCAAUCUAUACUGCACCCUCGAAGUGGACUCAUUUGGAUACUUUGUGAGCAAAGCAAAGACUAGAGUCUUCAGAGACACCGCAGAACCUCAGUGGAAUGAAGAGUUUGAGAUCGAGUUGGAGGGAUCCCAGUUCUUGCGAAUCCUUUGCUAUGAAAAGUGUUACGAUAAGAGCAUGCUCAACAAAGAAGACAACGAGAUCGUGGACAAGAUCAUGGGCAAAGGGCAGGUUCAGCUGGAUCCUCAGACUGUGCAAUCCAAGAACUGGCACAUGGACGUCAUUGAGAUGAAUGGGAUCAAGGUGGAAUUCUCCAUGAAGUUUACAAGUAGGGACCUGAGCUUGAAGAGGACGCCGUCCAAAAAGCAAAGUGGUGUGUUUGGAGUCAAAAUCAAUGUGGUAACAAAACGCGAGCGCUCCAAGGUGCCUUACAUUGUCCGCCAGUGCAUUGAGGAAGUUGAAAAGAGGGGAAUAGACGAAGUGGGAAUCUACAGGAUCUCAGGGGUGGCCACUGACAUCCAGGCCCUCAAAACUGCAUUUGAUACGAAUACCAAAGACAUCCUGGUGAUGUUGAGCGACAUGGACAUCAACGCCAUCGCAGGAACCCUCAAGCUGUAUUUCAGGGAGCUGCCGGAACCUCUGCUCACCGACCGCCUGUACCCGGCCUUUAUGGAGGGAAUAUCUCUCUCCGACCCCGCAGCCAAGGAGAACUGCAUGAUGCACCUCCUACGCUCAUUGCCCGACCCCAACCUCAUGACCUUCCUCACUCUGCUAGAGCACCUCAAACGGGUGGCAGAGAAGGAGCCCUUAAACAAGAUGUCCCUACAUAACCUGGCCACAGUAUUUGGCCCCACGCUGCUCAGACCCUCAGAGUCCGAGAGCACCAAGGGACAGAAUAUCACCUCGGCCUCUGACAUCUGGUCACAUGACGUCAUGGCACAGGUGCAGGUGCUGCUGUACUACCUGCAGCAUACUCCCAUUUCCUUUGCUGAGCUCAAGCGGAACACACUCUACUUCUCCACCGACGUUUAAGCCAGUCUCGCCUCCCCGAGGUGACAGCAGAGAGACCCCGUACCACCCCCGGUCCUCCUACCUCGCCUCCCACGCAAGCGGACAUCUCCUCUUGACUGUACAGCACCCCCUACUCCAUACCCUAACUGCUAGCACCCCCUUGCGUAGGAGGGUGGUGACAUUUUUGUGGUAUUCUAGAUAUAAAGUCACAUAUGUAAUAUGAGGAGUCGAACCGCUUCCCCACCAACUGCGCCGGUUCAGUUUGGCGGGAAAGGAGGGAUUUCGGAGGCCACGGCCUGGCGCCGUGGCGCAGGAUUAAGACCGGGGAUGCUCCGAGGCAUUCUGCAACAACUGCAUUUAUGUUUUAUAAUAAUAUUGUUGUUUACUUUUUCUGUCUUUCUGGCUUUGCGCACGUGGAGGAGGAAGUGCGUGUCUGUGAUUGUGUUUGUGAGUGAGUGAGCAGGACUGGAGUGAAUGAGUCUUUUUCUUAAACAGACAUUCCCUCUCCACUGAUUCUUGGCCAGAUUUGCUCUAUUUAUUUUAAAUAUCUAUAUAUAUCUGUGCCUGUACAGUUCUGUGCGACUAUAGAUGCUCUAAGGAGUUUGUUUUUUGAAGUCGUUUCAGGUAGUGAUGUUAUUUUUUAGACAGAUUUUCUCACUCACCGUAUUCAUUGAUGGUAAAUUGUAUGGAAAUGAUCACCGCCGAAGCUGUUAAUUUGUUACCCACCACAAGGACGUUUGGGACUCAAAGAAAUACAAUGAAUGAAACAUGUUGCUCUUUUUGUUUUUCCUCCUUAGUGUUGCAUUGCAAGCCUGUUCCAAGCAUCUCACUGCACCGGUUAAAUCUAGAGGAUUUGUGUUGUUGUCCUCAUUGCAUGUUCAGAUCGUAAUUCAAAUCAGGCCAAGUAACUCCGUUUGAGUGAAUAAAGGCCCCUUUUUUUUUUUUUUUUUUUGCUCUGUACAAAGCCAACUUUUCUGCUGUCACAUCUGCAACAUAUCGAGAAAAUACUGCAAAAACAGAGUGAUACUAUUUGGUAUUUUUCAUAAAAGAAUAAAAGUUCAAAAAUGUUUUAUUUUACUUCUUUAGGGAAGAAUUUAAGUAUGCUGUACUGUAAUUUUGAGGCUAAAUGUAAAUGUGAACGUUCUCCCCUUUUAUAGUGAAAUAAAAGACAAACCAAC